CGUUAGAUGACCUAAUAACCAUGACUGAUCCUGUCGGUGAAAGUAGCUGGUGGUCUGGAUGGUUCGACAGAGCGCGAGAAAAGUCGUCGGCUGCUUUGGCGGCGGCGAAGCGGGAUGUGUCGGAAUUUAUUUCGGUUGUGACGAGAGACACGUCAGGAGCGAUAGCACAAACAACUGACAGAAUCAGAGAUAAACUACAGACUAGAGACACUGAAGGUGAUGAAUCUCAAAGUGAGAAGCCAAACCCUGCUGUUAAGUCACAAGCAGCCAGCUCUUCGAGUUCAAUGUUGGACACGAUGACAACAAGUAGAAGCCAGGCUGAAUUGAAUGCAUUACAAGUGGACAUCUCUACAUACUGCAACGAACCAGACAAUAUCGAAGAGUUUGACAAGUGGAGCAGUGACUUCAACUUAGACUCAAAAACCAAGGAGAUAUCAGAGCUGUUGGUGUCAAGUUCUCACGUGAGGUCUUUACAGACGAAGCUGGUUCCGAAGGUGGUUCCGUAUCGCUUGUUUUGGAUGAGAUAUUUCUAUAAGGUUUACAAGUGGAAGGAGGAUCAGGAUCGUCGUGCUAAAAUAAUGGAAAGAGCCACAAUGCAGGAUGAUGAAAGAGAACUUGAAUGGGGAGACGAAGACGAAGAUCACACAGAACUCGAACAAGAAAUUUCAGAUCAAGACACAACACUAACAGAAUCACAAACUCACAAUACAAGCCAACCACCACAAACCCAACAAACCAAACAAACCAACCCAUCUCGCCCACCCAUCAUCCAAAUCCAAACAAAACCAAAUGAAACCGACACACCAAACGCCACAGACGUGCCUGAUGCUAACAUCCCGGAUGCUCCGGAUGAGCAACUACAUGAGCCACUUGUAAUCGGCGAGAACGGAUCGAGCAAGCAAACAUCAACAGCUGGAAGUCCCGUUUCAACGUCUAGUGAGUCGUUUGUCACUCUGCCGUGUCCAAGUUUUGAUGAUGGAGAGGAGGAUGAAGGCGAGGAGACGGCUGAGUUGGAGUCGAAUAGAAUCGAUGACGUUUUGUUGGACGUGCUCAACGAACAGAUGACUCCUCGACAGGAGGACGAGUUUGUGAUGGUUGCGAGUUCGUUGGUGAGAGAUGAAGUGUGUAUGGCGAGAGAUGAGGAAAGGAGGGAGAAUGAAGAAAGUGAAGACAAAUGGCUGUCAUGGGACUGAGAACACAUUACAAGAUGUUGUGAAGAUCUGUGCUGCUUUAUUCAGAGAGAUUCAAUAGAAUGCUUUAGGAGAGAGAAUUUGUGAUUAAUUAACAUAGCCACACAUAGACACACCUUUUUGUGAGACAAUUAUAGUAAUUGUUACCAUUGCAAGG